AUGCAAGAGCACAAAUCGUUUUUGAUAAAGGAUCUUUUGGGCGACGUGCUUAGCCAGUCGAGUACUAAUGAAGUCGACUCCGACGCCGCUAGCGACCGUCAGGACCUCGACGUCGAAGUCGCUGGCGAGCCGGACGGCAUCUUCGUAGGCGUUCCGGAGAGCCAGGGGGAGGCGGUAAAGGGCCGCAAACCGCGACGCCGGAGGACGGCUUUCACGCACGCGCAGCUCGCCUACCUGGAGAGGAAGAAGCAGUGUGUUGUAGAAACGGACGAUACUGGUGCUCUCAUAAAGUCAAACGUAAUAUUGAUAGAAAGGGGUGUACCUCAGGGAUCGAUAUUGGGUCUUUUGUCGUACGUUUUAUAUACAAAUGACUUGCCCUCAAGAGUUGAUGUAAAAACUAUUAUGUAUGCUGAUGAUACAUAUGUAUUCGACUCCGACGCCGCUAGCGACCGUCAGGACCUCGACGUCGAAGUCGCCGGCGAGCCGGACGGCAUCUUCGUAGGCGUUCCGGAGAGCCAGGGGGAGGCGGUAAAGGGCCGCAAACCGCGACGCCGGAGGACGGCUUUCACGCACGCGCAGCUCGCCUACCUGGAGAGGAAGUUCCGCUGCCAGAAAUACCUGUCGGUGGCCGACAGGAGCGACGUCGCCGACGCCCUGAAUUUGAGCGAGACACAGGUCAAAACGUGGUAUCAGAACAGGAGGACUAAAUGGAAGCGACAGAACCAGCUGCGCCUCGAGCAGCUUCGCCACCAAGCUUCAGUAGAAAAGGAACUCCUGAACGGCGGUGCUCUUCGAAAAGGUGCUGGGGAGCCCUCCCCCUGCUGCCCCCCGUCCAGCAUGGCGCGGUAUGGAGCGCAGUCGCCCUGUAGCUUCCUCAGUACCGCCGCAGCUGCGAUUUUUCACAAUGUCACCUAUGUCCACGGAUGCCAGUUAUGA